GCGCGCUUGAUGCUGUUCUUGAUGCAUUAUUAACGUUCAGCAAACACAAAGCGAAUUAUAACUGUUCUUUCAAACUUUUUAAACAAAUCCAAAGGAGACAUGCCGAGGGAGGAAUCAGCAAGGGUUUACAUUGGAAAUCUUGGAAGUAAUGGAGUCAAGUCAGAGCUGGAAAGGGAAUUUGCAAAGUUUGGCAGCAUUAAGGAUGUCUGGGUGGCACGAAAUCCUCCGGGUUUUGCAUUUGUUGAAUUUCAUGAUCACCGUGAUGCUGAAGAUGCUGUGAGAGAACUGGACGGCAGACGCAUAUGUGGUGUUCCUGUACGUGUUGAGAUAUCUACCCAUAAAGGUCGUUCUUCACGAAUGCCCCCACCAUCGUAUCGUGGAAGACCCAGAUAUAGCCCAGACAGAUAUGGAGGAAGAAGUUAUAAUGAUGACUAUGGUGAUAGAUACUCAAGAAGGUCACCUCCACGCAGACGAUAUGAUAGGUCUCCUGAGACGGACAGAUAUCAAAGGCGAUAUUCAAGAAGUAGAUCACGCAGUCCCCCAUCUAGAUAUUGAGUGAAAGUCUGACACAAGCCCAAAACUCUCUUCUCUUCCUUGCAUACUCAAGAUAAAUAUCUUUUUAAUUUUUUUUACACAAAAAGAACUUACAAUAAGAUUCCAGCCUGGCUAACCAUCUUCAGUGUAAUAUACUUCAUGCAGCACAGCUGACACCACAAUACCAAAAAACAAUACCAGCUUUACGAUCUAUAGCACAACCUAUAGUCACAAUAGURACAAAAGAGCAGCAUAAAUAAAUAUUACACUGGGGAUAACCUUGACAGUGAAGUGUCAUACAAUCUGUGCGUUAACUUGUGAAUGUACUAUUUUUUAAAGCCCUACUGAAAGCUGCAAAACAAAUAAUUAAUAAACAAUAUAAAUGCCAUUCUUAUGAAAUCUGGCAUUGUCAAACUUGUCUAGCACAAUCCAUCAAUACAUUUAUUACAGUUGGUUGGUUUUGUUUAUCAUGUUAUAAACAGCCCUAAUUAAUGAGAGUAUGAUCUGUAUUGGUUGUAUAAAUAAAGGCACUAAUGAUU